GGUGAGCGAGUCCACCCGCGUCAUAUGACGUCAUAGCCCCGCGUCGCCGACGGACUUGUCAAACCCAUUUUUUGGUACUGGAGCUCGAAAACAAAGCUUUAAAAGUCUCCCGUUCGCCUUUUCCCCGUACUCUAACUUGACGUAAUGAGCGCCUAAACACCACAUAAACACCAACGAAUUAAGCUUGAAGUACCAACAAGGCGCCUGCUGUGUCGUGCAGAUAUGGGGGCAGUGAUAUCGCGAUGGAAAAAGACCAAACCUACCACUGUGGAGCAGCUGGAGAACCUGGACAAGGAGAUUACAAACCUGGAAGAGUUUCAAGCCAAAAACCAGCGACUUCAAAAGCUCUGGGUGGGACGGCUGCUCAUCUACUCGUCCAUCUUGUACCUGCUGACCUGCCUGGUGGUCUACUGCCUCUACCUGCCUGAGCCAUGGCUGCACAGACUAGCCAUGGCCCUACCCUUCUUCAUAUACCCUGCGCUGGUGUGGUUUAUCAGGAAGUUUCUGAUCUUUCUCUUUUCCAAACGCACUGAGAGAAACAGCGACACAUUAGAAGAAUUGAAGGCUACCAAAAAAAAGAUACUGGAAGAAGUGAAAGAAACGGAGACGUACAAAAAUGCCAAAGUCAUACUGGAACGCUUUGACCCGGAAGCAAAGAAGAACUUGGAGCUGGAGUCCACCCCAGUACAACCUCCGAUGACCCCCAGGCCUGGACAAGACAUCCGCCAGCGGGGCGUGGCCAUGAGACCCCCGGGUACCCCAGCCGGCGUAGUGAUGACUCCCCAGCAUGGGGCUCGAACCUCACCGGGGCUUAGGGCCACACCUGUAGCUCCAGGGGGACCACCUGAGAGAGCGGCCAUGUCUGCCUCUGCCCAGCCGGGGGCGAUGCCCAGGUCGCCCUACUCCCCUAUACCAGGUGUGGGCCUGCAUCCUCCCGGUCCUCCUCUUUCAAGACCCGUUCUGCCCAGAGAAAGGGGUGCUUUGGACCGAGUGGUUGAGUACCUGGUCGGAGAUGGACCACAGAACAGAUACGCCCUAAUCUGUCAGCAGUGUUUCUCCCACAAUGGCAUGGCUCUGAAAGAAGAGUUUGAAUACCUUGCAUUCCGUUGUGCCUAUUGCUACUUCCUGAAUCCAGCAAGGAAGACGCGACCUCAGGCCCCCCGGCUGCCCGAGUUCAGCUACGAGAGGAAGCUGCGGGCCGAGCCACGAUCCCCGGGGCCGCCGCAGUCCGACGCGGAGGAGAGCGCCCCCCCAUCUGCAGCCAAGGCGCCAACGCCGUGGAAUUUGGUCCACAGUUUCCCGAUCCAGCAGCAGAACCCUCAGAAUCGAGCCCUGCACAGUCCAGACGAGCGAGAGCAAGGAGACGACGACGCUCGUCCUGACGCCGUGAAUCCCGUGAGUCAUGGAGAUGAGCAAACAGAAAUGGAGACGGAGGAGGGGGCGAUGGAGGAGCUUGUCCAAGAAGAAGAGGGGAAGGAGGAAGAGGAAGAGCAGAAAGGAGACCACGCCGCAAGCGAUGCAGAACAACAGCCGUCGUAGCCGCACCGCCUGCAGGAGAAAAGGUGUUUGCAUCCGCCGCCACAGACACUCGAAGCUUGCAAAAUGGCACAUGGAGGACGCAUUUACGUGCUUAUAUUUAUUAUUAAAUGUCCCUGAAUGAGAUGCUGCUUGAAGACAAACCGAUAUUGUUUGUUUAAUACUUAGGAGCCCUUUGUUUACGGCGUAAAGUUAGUAAUUGACUUCACACGGGUGGCGUUAUUUUGAAAUCACGACCAGUGGGGCAGCAACCACUAAAGUGUACCAGAUAAACCGCUUUAAGGUUUGAUGUGCUUUUUGAAAGUCCAAAUGUGAUGUACGAAGGCACACAAUCUAGGCUACAGUAUGUGUUACUUGAAAGAUCAACAGAAUUCAAAGAUUAUGUUUGUCCCGGUUGUUGCUAGGCGGAAUUCAUGGAGCACAAUCAACUAUUUACCCUCCAAAAAAUCCAAUUAUGAAAAAAAUGCUGCUGCUUACAACAAUAAUAAUAAUAAUAAUAAUAAUACAUUGUCUGUAAUGUAAGGUUGCAAAUUUUUUUUCUCAAACCAAUUCAGAUAACUUCAUGCUUCUUAAAACCAAUACUGAUAAGUUAUGUACAUCCAAAUAUUUUUUAAACAAUUUAGAUUUAAAUUUAACAUAUUUUUCAUCAAUUUAGAUUGAAAUAUAACAGCAAUUAUUUUUUGACAAUUUAGAUUUACCAUAUUUUCCGGACUAUAGAGCGCACAGUCAUAAUACACUUUUCUCAGAUAACUUCAUGCUUCUUAAAACCAAUACUGAUAAGUUAUGCACAUCUAUAUAUUUUUUAAACAAUUAAGAUUUAAAUUUAACAUAUUUUUCAUCAAUUUAGAUUGAAAUAUAACAUCAAUUAUUUCUUGACGAUUUAGAUUUACCAUAUUUUCCGGACUAUAGAGCACACAGUCAUAUACACUGCAUCAACUAAAUCUUAGGGAAAAAUGUUUUUUCUAUAUAUUAGCCGCACCGUACUGUAAACUGCAGAUAUAUACGUAGUAAAAUUAGUUAUUUACACAGAAAUAUUUUGUAAAUGUUAAUUUACAUACCUUAAUUGUUUCCAAACGGUGCAACAGCUGAUCAAACAAAACAUGUCAUCGUCAUGGACUCACUAGCUUCGAAAACUAGCUCUCCAAUCAGCUAAAACAGUGACGUUUUGGUGAAUUUGUUGAGAAUAAUACAAAAACAAUGCCUUUGUAAGUUAAUAAUACUAACACAGACACUCUUAAACAUGUUAGCAUUUUUGCUAAAGCUAAAGAGGCUAGCUUGAUUACGCGUACAAAUAUGCAUGAAAACACUCCUACCAACAUCACACCUGGGACAGUUCAGUAAUUAAGAAUUGUUUUAGUUAUAUUGUAAAACUUACAAACGUUGAUUUGCGUGAUUAAUGAAGAAUCCAUACAAGUAAAUAUGCUAUGGAUGGCUAGAAGACAGAAUGACACUUGUACUUCCGGUUCAAAGCUUUUAAACAGCAGGAAACACUGUGUGAAGGCAUUCACCCAGCAGCACUUGCAGUGAGCGAACUGAUCCGAAAGAUGGCGCCAAAGUAAAAACAAUAACGCCACUUUUCAAUGUAUUUGCAUGUGCUUUAUAAAAACCGGCCGUCGGCCAAGGAUUGUCCAUAAAUUGGGGUCCAAAGCGUUGGAAAAAAGUAGUGGCUUAUAGUCCGGAAUUUACGGUAAUACGGUAAGUGUAAUUUGCGCACACCUUUUUGUGCAGCUGGCUAUGAGGCAGCUUCUUUAGCAGCAGGCGUCUUUGAAUGCUUUUAAAACGCAGUCAUAACAAUGCUGGUCUUUCAUACGGCAGAUGAGCUGAUGUGUUGAAGCGUGAUGUAUUAUUUUUUUUUUUAUUCUUUAAAAUAACAUUUGGUGCAAAUAGCAUGCGGAAUGCCUCUGAAACAGUAAAGAAGUCCAACACGAUUGUUUGUUUACAGCAAGGGGAAGUUUACGACAGGCUGGAUGGAGUAAAAGAGUGUUUGUUCAUUAAUUCACCUACAUCACAGUAUGGGUAAUAAACCGUUUUUUUUUUUCUAAAUGUAUCAGCUAUUUCUUUUAAGAACGUAUUUAUCGGUUUGACAUCAUUAUCGGCCCGAUAUUUAUCAUACACUCCUCCCGUUUUGUACCACAUGGACAGUUUGGUCAGCAACACCCACUAGAAAAAUGACUGAUAAGCACAAAAAUGUUCAUGACACAACUUUAUUUAUUUUUCUUUAAUGCACAGUGCCAUCUGGUUGUGCAUAACGCUCCUUGCUCCCAAAUGGCCACCACCUUGCUAAUUUCUCCUUCAGACAACUGAAGUUAUUAAGACAAAAUGUUGGACCUUUUCUGAGAAUAUAGCACUUUUAAACGAUAGCGAGCACCAACAAAAAUUACCGUUUUUAUUAAAGUUAAAGUACCAAUGAUUGUCACACACACACUAGGUGAAGUGAAAUUUGUCCUCUGCAUUUGACCCAUCCCCUUGAUCAUCCCCUGGGAGGUGAGGGGAGCAGUGGGCAGCAGCGGUGGCCACGCCCGGGAAUCAUUUUUGGUGAUUUAACCCCAAAUUCCAACCCUUGAUGCUGAGUGCCAAGCAGGGAGGUAAUGGGACAUUUUUAUAGUCUUUGGUAUGACUCGGCCGGGGUUCGAACUCACGACCUACCGAUCUCAGGGCGGCCACUCUAACCACUCUGCCACUGAGUAUUAGCACUGCUGGCGAGGAAUGUUUAGCGGGCGUUUGACCAUCAUCACGUACAAAAAUACAAGGAAUUUUGGCUUUAAUUGUUGUGGAAAUACACGAGUCAGAGGUUCAGAGACAAGCUACUAGGGUUGGCUGAAAAACUGUAUCACGAUGUAAGUGUUUUUUUUUAUCGGUCGAUAUCGAUAAUAUUUGAUAUUUUUAUGACUUGUCGAGAAAUUAGGACCGUAAGAAAAAAAUAUAAAUUGUAAAUAUUUUUUUUGGAAAUGUAAUCUUCGUCUGAUUAGAAUCCCCUCAGCUAUCAAGGCGGAAAGGAAAUGUCAACACAAGCGUGGAAAAUUAUCAAUCAAUCAAUCAAUGUUUAUUUAUAUAGCCCUAAAUCACCAGUGUCUCAAAGGGCUGCACAAGCCACAAGGACAUCCCCGGUUCAGAUCCCAAAUCAAGGCAAGGAAAAACUCAACCCUAUGGGACAAUGAGAAACCUUGGAGAGGGCCGCAGAUUUGAGGACCGGUGCAAUGGACGUCGAGUGGAUCUAGCGUAAUAUUGUGAGAGUCCAGUCCAUAGUGGAUCCAACGUAAUAGUGAGAUUCCAGUCCAUAGUGGGGCCAGCAGGGGACCAUGUCGAGCGGAGACAGGUCAGCAGCGCAGAGACGUCCCCAACCGAUUCACAGGCAAUCACUCACAAAAUUAUGUAAACAAAAUAGUAAAAUCACAUUGAACAAUUAACAAUAAGCUUUUAAAAAUGAAGGAGUGUGUGAGAAAUGCUUAAUAAAGUCUAAUAAAAUAGGGCAAAGUUUGAAAAUAUAAACAGAGAGAAACCUGAGAUGAACUAUUUUCUGCAGGUUUAGUGCCAGGAAGUUACAGCUGUGCUCUAAAGCAGUGUUUUUCAACCUUUUUUAAGGUUGAAAAACACAAGGCAAGGCACAUUUUUGUCAUAAAAAAAAUCCGGAGGCAUACCACCAGCAGAAAACGUUAAAAAAAUGUACUUUGUGUUAGCAAGCAAGGCUAUCUACAUUGGUGCUAUCCUUCUUUGUGUGGACAUUGUUGAUUGUUGUGUCAUGUACGGAUGUACUUUGUUGACGCUGUAAGUUUUUGCUGUCGUCCAGCAUUCUGUCUCUGUUUACUUUGUAGCCAGUUCAGUUUGACGUGCGUUUUGUGUAGCCUUUCCCUUUCGUUCAUUUUGGGUUCAAGCAUUACGUACCUUUUUUACCUGCACACUGCCUCCCACUGUGGUCUGCAUAUCGGGAUUGAUUGAUUGAGUGAGACUUUUAUUAGUAGAUUGCACCCUACAGUACAUAUUCCGUCCAAUUGACCACUAAAUGGUAAAACCUGAAUACGUUUUUCAAUUUGUUAAGUCGGGUUCCACGUUCACCGGACACAUUCUGAUUUUUACGAAGCAAUGCUGCCACCUACUGACUUGGAGUAUUACGUGGUUACCCUGCCUAGUUUUACACGGCACACACUAAGCAACGGCACCUUAUUGGCAGAUUAUAAUUAUGAUUUGCAAAAAAAUAUUUUUAGGUGAAGUUGCAUAAUUUCCCACGGCACACCAGACAGUAUCUCACGGCACACCAGUGUGCCGCGGCACAGUAGUUGAAAAACACUGCUCUAAAGGGUGAGCGCUCUUAAAUUGGUGUGGCAUUAGUGGUCUUGGUGGUGACGAGCGCCUUGAAUCAUUUACAAACCCCAAAAGGUGACUUUUGUUCUUUUAUCCACAACUUUCUGAUUUUGACGUUCUCCUCUCACUUCACGCAAAGAAUAAAGCGCUAGGCAACCAAAAGAGAUAGUUGAUACUGUUACCUGAUUGGCUGUUAGCGUUUCACGCCCACUGAUCAGUGAUCACUUCCUGUGUUGCUUGGUUACCAGUGAGGGAGUGCCUUUGUCAUGCAACCAACCUUGCUUCCAUACUUCCGCUUUCUUCCCACAUGAGAAGAAAAAAAUGAUCGGUUGUGUUAUCCAACACAUUUUUUAUUGAUAUCGGUUACCAUCGCGAUAUAUAUUGAUUACGUUGUAUCGACCAGCCCUACAAGCUAUCCUAAUAUUGUAUUAGUAGUGUAGAUGUCAUUUUUAUGCUUUUCAGAUGUCAUUUACUACUGCAGUAGAUUUAUCUUUAAGUAUCAUUCAAGCGUUAGCCAUUCAGCCAUUUUCUAAGUAUGUGCCAAUUAUCUUAUUUUCCUGUUCUUUGCAUUUCUCUUCAUGGUUUGAGUUGAGACAUUUGCUGCAUGUUACAUGACAUCAUACUUUUUGUUGGACUUGUUGACGUGUGUUGUAGUCAACUUUAUUCACCACUUUUGUUGUUUGCUUUGUCUUUGUAUACACCCUUGCCUCUGUUGUACUCUUUACAACUUGUAUUAUUUAAGUAGCAGGAUUUAGCGAUGCAAGUUUAAACCAGGGGUGUCCAAACUUUUUCCACCGAGGGCCGCACGCUGAAAAAUCAAAUGUUUUAUUUUCAAGACUAAUGUACUGUCUAUAUAUAUUUUUUAACCCUUAGGGCUCCCCUCAAGUGUCAGACAACCUGAAAGGGUCUCAGUCAUAAAAAUGGUAAAAAAAAAAAAAGAAGUCAUUUAUAUGUAUAUUUUUUUUUAUUAAUUCAACGCUUAAAUCCCCAAAUCAACUUUAGAUCUGUCGAUACGAUUGUUUUUUUUAUGUUUACUGUUUUUUGUCCUUUUUUCCCGAAACAAAACUUAGUUGUUUUUAUGGAAAAAACACAAAAUAUGCAAUAUUUUCCCCCAAAAAUGUUCAAAGUGUAAUAUUGGUUGUGAAGUAAUUGGAGCCUUAACUAGAUCAAUUAAUCAUAACAACAUUGAUCUUAAUUAUUUUUUUAAGCAAUACAAUUGAAAGGCAAUUAAAAAAAAAAGUCCCACUAAAAUUCUUGGGGAUCCAAAAGGGCCCCACUAAUAAAAGUGAAAAUAAGACUUAAACUUAACUUUAACUUGACUUAAAAUAAGUCAUACGUUUUUAUAUAUUUUUUAUUUUUAACGCUUACAUUUUCUGAUAAACUUCAGAUCCUUCCAUUGAUUUUAAGUCUUUAUAUUUUUUUCAUGUUUUUUUUGUCAAACAAAAAAUAUAUAUUUUUAUUGGCAAAAACACAUUAUGCAAUAUUUUCUUCAAAUAUUUUCAAAGUGAAAUAUUGGUUGUGAAGUAAUUGGAGCCUUAACUAGAUCAAUAAAUCAUAACAACAUUGAUUUUAAUUAUUUUUUUUCAAGCAAUGCUAUUGACAAAUAAUUGAAAAAAAAGUCCCACUAAAAUUCUUGGGGAUCCAAAAGGGCCCCACUAAUAAAAGUGAAAUAAAGACUUAAAAUUAACUUUAAUUUGAAUUAAAAUAAGUCAUACGUUUUUAUAUAUCUUUUUACUUUUAACGCUUAAAUCUUUAAAUCAACUUCAGAUCCAUCCACUGAUUUUGAGUUUUUAUAUUUUUUUCGUGUUUUUUUGUCAAACAAAAAAUAUAUAUUUUUAAUGUCAAAAACACAAAAUAUGCAAUAUUUUCCUCCAAAAAUGUUCAAAGUGAAAUAUUGGUUGUGAAGUGAUUGGAGCCUUAGAUAGAUCAAUAAAUCAUAACAACAUUGAUUUUAAUUAUUUUUUGAAGCAAUACGAUUGAAAGACAAUUAAAAAAAACAAGUACCACUAAAAUUCUUGGGGAUCCAAAAAGGCCCCACUAAUAAAAGUGAAAAUAAGACUUAAACUUAAUUUUAACUUGACUAUAAUAAGUCAUAUACGUUUUAAUAUAUGUAUAUAUUUUUUAUUUGGACGGCGUGGCGCAGUGGGAGAGUGGCCGUGCGCAACGCGAGGGUCACUGGUUCAAAUCCCACCUAGAACCAACCUCGUCACGUCCGUUGUGUCCUGAGCAAGACACUUCACCCUUGCUCCUGAUGGGUGCUGGUUGGCGCCUUGCAUGGCAGCUUUCGCCAUCAGUGUGUGAAUGUGUGUGUGAAUGGGUAAAUGUGGAAGUAGUGUCAAAGCGCUUUGAGUACCUUGAAGGUAGAAAAGCGCUAUACAAGUACAACCCAUUUAUUUAUCAUUUAAAUCUUUAGAUCAACUGCAGAUCCAUCCACUGACUGUAAGUUUUUAUAAUUUUUCCAUUUUUUUUUUUUUUAAUGCUUUUUUUGUCAAACAAAAAAUAUAUAUUUUUAAUGGCAAAAACACAAAAGAUGCAAUAUUUCCCCCGACAUUUUCAAAGUGAAAUAUUUAAUGUGAAGUAAUUGGAGCCUUAAAGAGAUCAAUAAAUCAUAACAACAUUGAUUUUCAUUAUUUUUUUUAAGCAAUACGAUUGACAAAAAAGUCCCACUAAAAUUCUUGUGGAUCCAAAAGGGCCCCACUAAUAAAAGUGAAAAUAGGACUUAAACUUAACUUUAUUUUGUCUUAAAAUAAGUCAUACGUUUUUAUAUAUUUUUUUACUUUUAACGCUUAAAUCUUUUGAUCAACUUCAGAUCCAUCUACUGAUUGUAAGUUUUAAAUUUUUUUUCGUGUUUUUUUGUUUGUUUUAUGCCUUUUUUGUCAAACAGAAAAUAUAUAUUUUUAAUGGAAAAAACACAAAAGAUGCAAUAUUUCCCCCAACAUUUUCAAAGUAAAAUAUUUAAUGUGAAGUAAUUGGUGCCUUAAAUAAGUCAAUAAUUCUUAAUAUCAUUGAUUAUUUUUGUAUUUUUUUUCCACAAUAAUGUUUUAAAAACAAUUAAAGAAAAUCCCUCUAAAAUACUUUGGGACACAAAAGGGCCCCGCUCAUAAAAGUGUUAAAAAUAAGUCAUAUAUUUUGUUUUAUUUUACUUUUAACGUUAAAGUUUUUUAUAUUAAUGCCAGAUCUGUUUGUCAAUUAUAAAAAAAAAUUUAAAACGUUUUUUUUGCCCUUUUUGUUAAGAAGAAUAGACUGUUUUUAUAUGGCAAACACACAAAAUAUGCAAUAUUUUCCCCCCCAAAAUAUUUAAAAGUGGAAUUUUUGAUGUCAAGUAAUUGCAUCCUUUAAUAAAUCAAUAAUUCAAAAUAAAAUAGAUUUUUUUUUAUUAUAAUAAUUUUUUUAAGCAAUAUGAUUAAAAAGCAAUUAAAAACAAAGUCCCAUUAAAAUUCUUGGGGAUCCAAAACCCAAACGUUGUUUUUGUAUGACAAACACACAAUUUGCAAUAUUUUCCCCCAAAAAUAUUUCAUAGUGUAAUUUUUGAUGUGAAACAAUUGGAGUCUUUAAUUUGGUCAAUAAUUCAUAACAACAUUGAUUUUGAUUAAUAUAUAUUUUUUAGGCAAUACGAUUUAAAAAGUCCCACUAAAACACUUCGGAAUCCAAAACGGCCUCACUUAUAAAUAAGUCAUGCUUUCGUUUUCUUUUUACUUUUAACGCUUAAAUCGGUAGAUCAACUUCAGAUGUAUCUACUGAUUAUAUGUUUUAAUCAUUUUUUUCAUGCUUGUUUUAUGCAGUUUGUGUCAAAGAAAACAUAUUUUUUAUGGCAAAAACACAAAAUGCAAUAUUAUCAAAGUGGAAUAUUUAUUGUAAAGUCAUUGGCGCCUUAAAUAGUUCAGUAAUUUAUAACAUCAUUGAUUUUAGUUAUAUAUUUUUUUAGCAAUAACCUUUGAAAAUAAUUGAAUGAAAAUCCCCCUAAAAUUAUUUGGUACACAAAAGUGUUAAAAAUAAGUCAUACAUUUUUUUUCAUUUACUUUUAACGUUAAAGUCUUGAAAUCAACUUCACAUGAAUCCGUCAAUUCAAACCCCGGCCGAGUCAUACCAAAGACUAUAAAAAUGGGACCCAUUCCCUCCCUGUUUGGCACUCGGCAUCAAGGGUUGGAAUUGGGGGUUAAAAUCACCAAAAAUGAUUCCCGGGCGUGGCCACCGCUGCUGCUCACUGCUCCCCUCACCUCCCAGGGGGUGAUCAAGGGUGAUGUGUCAAAGGCAGAGAAUAAUUUCGCCGCACUGAGUGUGUGUGUGACAAUCAUUGGUACUUAUACUUUAAUUAUAUAUAUUUUUUAGUUUUUUUUGGGUUAUUUUUUUGCCCUUCUUGUAAAAAAACUAAACAUUUGUUUUUACAUGACGCAAACUUUGCAAAAUUUGCAAUAUUUUCCGCCGAAAAAUAUUUCAAAAUGGAAUUUUUGAUGUGAAGUAAUUGGACUAGAUUAAUACCUCAUAACAUUUAUUUCAAUUUUGUUAUUUUUUUUUUCCUGUUUCAUUCCACCUGUUAGUCUUUUAUUCCACUUUUGUAAUGUUUUUUUUUUCUUUUCUUUUUUAAUAGUAUUUUAGAAGGUGACGUUUUUUUGAUUGAUUGAUUGAGAGUUUUAUUAGUAGAUUGCACAGUACAGUACAUAUUCCGUACAGUUGACCACUAAAUGGUAACACCAGAAUAAGUCAAGGUCCAUGUUAAUCAAUUCAUGGUAAAAAAAAAUGUAAAUUUUUUUUAAAAAAAAGCUGCGGGCCGCACUUUGGACACCCCUGUUCAGGCAAAAUCUUUAGAUAAUUUUAGAUCAAAUUGUAGUUUGAUGCUCGGCUUAACUGUUAGUAGCCUUCCUGCCAAUUCGCAACAUUUUCUCCUUGUCACUAUUACCAACAAGUAAAAGCUUUUCCAGCUGAAGUGAGCAUCGUGUUGUCAUUUCAAACCAUUAUUUCGGCGAGAAAAAAAAACACAUUUGCAAGGUUUUUAUUUAAAAGUAUUGAUAAGGUUUACUUCCAACUCCUCCACACAAACGGAAGGAAAAACGAAAAAUGGUGAGCUCAAUAUGAACUUCACUGCAUGGUCACGUUGAAUAAAAUCCAGUGUGUUGCCGUGGAAACCCAACAACACUGCAGCCACAAUUUUACAUAUUGGUAUGGAAUCAAACCCUCCAUAUUGAUCCCAUGACUAAGGAAAUUGUUAAAAUAAUCAUGUAUAUAUUAUCACACAACUUUAGUAUGCUUAAAGUCUGUUGCUGUAGUCAAUAGCUAUUCUGCUCAAGUUAGGCAUUUUCUAUCUGUGCAAGGACAAAAUCUUCUUGUCCGAGGGGUGGCCUCAGCCGGAGAUGUUAUCUUUGUUUUAGCUCGCUGACAGCCAAGGACUUCAAGAGCCUCAACGAAGAUAAGACGGCAGCACGCAGACAAAGCAGAGACAAGGCGAAAUCACAAGGCCCCCCAGCACAUUCCGUCACGUAUUGUGCGUACUGGAGCUGCUUUGCAUGAUAUGAGUGAGCACUCCUUAUAGAGGCGGCUUCAGUGAUGUUGACUGGGGAACUCCUG